CGGCGGCGCAGGGCGGCGGGGCCCGGCCCGUCUGCGCCCGCGGGACGGCGAGGCCCCGGGCGGCCGAUUCGGGCCCCGGGAGGGUCGUCGGCCCGAAGUGAGUUCGUCCCGUAGGCCCAGAGCCGGCUCCCCGAGAACGGCGGCCCCGCGAGGCGGAGGAGGAGCAGCCCCCGCCCCGGAGCCCUCGGGAGCCUUGAGGCAGCUCGGCGGGUCCCGACGGGGUCCACUGUUAAGAGUCUGUACGCUUUUCCAAGAGCAGCAGAAAAUGAAUGAAUCCCAGGGGCCAGUGUCAUUCAGGGACGUGGCCGUGGACUUCACCCAGGAGGAGUGGCAGCAGCUGGAGCCUGAUGAGAAGACCACGUACCGAGACGUGAUGCUGGAGAACUACAGCCAUCUCGUCUCCGUGGGGUACGACAGCACCAAACCGAACGUGAUCCUCAAGUUGGAGCAGGGAGAGGAGCCGUGGGUCGCCGAAGGAGAACUGCCAUGUCAGAGUCAUCCAGAAGAAGUCUGGAAAGUUGAUGACCUGAUAGAGAGAAUCCCUGGAAGUGAAGAUGAACAUUCAAGGCAAGCUAUUUCUAUCAACAACAAAACCCUGAUUGAAGAGAGAGAGAAUGCAUUUGAUAAAACGUGUAAUGUGGAAACAAGCCUUGUUCCUUCAAGCAUAACAUCUCAUACUUGUGUCUCAUGUGGAAAGAAUUUAGAGUCUACUUCAGAAUUAAUUAUUAGUGAUGGAAGCUAUGCAAGAAAGAAACCUGAUGAGUGUAGUGAAUGUGGGAAGAUGUACCACAGAGGGAAACCCUAUGAAUGUAAUCAAAAUGGGGAAGGCUAUUCUCAAAAUGAAGAGAGUAUUCUUCAGAAAAUUCAUAUUUUGGAGAAACCCUUUGAAUAUAAUGGAUGCAUGGAAGCCUUAGACAAUGAAGCUGUUUUUCUGGCUCAUAAGAGAGCUUAUAUGGGGGAAAAGCCCUACGAGUGGAAUGACUCUGGGUCAGAUUUCAUCCAGAUGUCAAAUUUUAAUGUAUACCAGAGAUCGCAGAUGGAAUUGAAACCCUUUGAAUGCAGCGAAUGUGGAAAAUCUUUCUGUAAAAAGUCAAAGUUAAUCAUACAUCAGAGGGCCCACACAGGAGAGAAACCUUAUGAAUGUAACGUAUGUGGGAAAUCCUUCAGCCAAAAGGGGACCCUCACUGUCCAUCGGAGAUCACACUUAGAGGAGAAGCCCUAUAAAUGUAACGAGUGUGGGAAAACCUUCUGUCAGAAGUUACAUCUCACCCAACACCUGAGAACUCAUUCAGGUGAGAAGCCCUAUGAAUGUAACGAGUGUGGGAAAACCUUCUGCCAGAAGACCCAUCUCACCCUACACCAGAGGAAUCAUUCAGGAGAGAGACCCUAUCCAUGUAACGAAUGUGGGAAAUCCUUCUCUCGCAAGUCUGCCCUCAGUGACCACCAGAGAACGCAUACGGGAGAGAAACUUUACAAAUGUAAUGAAUGUGGGAAAUCCUACUACCGAAAAUCUACCCUCAUUACACAUCAGAGGACCCACACGGGAGAGAAACCCUAUCAGUGCAGUGAGUGCGGGAAGUUCUUCUCUCGGGUGUCGUACCUCACUAUACAUUAUAGAAGUCACUUAGAAGAGAAACCCUACGAAUGUAACGAGUGUGGGAAAACCUUCAAUUUAAAUUCAGCCUUCAUUAGACAUCGGAAAGUACACACAGAUGAGAAACCCCACGAAUGUAGUGAAUGUGGAAAGCUCUCUCAGUUCUCGUAUCUCACUGACCAUCCUGCGGCUCUUUUAGGGGACAAACCCUAUGAAUGUAGCGAAUGUGGGAAAAUCUUCCUUGACAGUUCAGCCUUCAGUGGGCACCAAUUGCUUCCAAAAGGGGAGAAAUCCUAUGAAUGUAACAUCUGUGGAAAAUUGUUCUCGGAGUUGUCGUACUAUACUAUACAUUACAGAAGUCACUCUGAAGAGAAACCCUAUGGAUGCAGUGAAUGUGGGAAAACCUUCUCCCAUAAUUCAUCCCUCUUUAGACAUCAAAGAGUGCACACAGGAGAGAAGCCCUACGAGUGUUACGAAUGUGGGAAGUUCUUCUCUCAGAAGUCCUAUCUCACCAUCCACCACCGGAUCCAUUCGGGAGAAAAGCCCUAUGAAUGUAGUAAAUGUGGGAAGGUCUUCUCUCGGAUGUCAAACCUCACUGUGCACUACAGAAGCCAUUCAGGAGAGAAGCCCUACGAAUGUAAUGAGUGUGGGAAAGUCUUUUCUCAGAAGUCCUACCUCACUGUACACUAUAGGACUCAUUCAGGAGAGAAACCCUACGAAUGUAACGAGUGUGGGAAAAAAUUCCACCACAGGUCAGCCUUCAAUAGCCAUCAGAGAAUUCACAGGAGAGGGAAUGUGAAUGUACUGGAUGUGGAGAAUCUCCUGUGACGUUAAAGGUCUUUGAGUAUGACGAAAUCUAAUGGGGAGUCAGAUGUCAUUGUCUGAGAGUUCGUGUUUCUGAAUGGGGAGAACCAUUGAGGCAUUAGAUUCAUCUCUACCUGAUUUCUUACAGAGAAGAAUCCCUAGGAAUACAAGAAGAAGCAAAGCCUUCAGCAAGAUCCUGCAAUGCGUUGGGCACAAGAUAAUUUAUACAGGAGUGAAACUUGAUGAAUAUUUAAUAUUUAUUUUGGAAUUCAAAUUAUAUUUACAUAUCAGGGAAUCAUACCAAGGCGAGAUCUAUCAGAGUGAUGAGUGUGGGAAAACAUAUUGUCUUGGAAAUUGUUAUACUAAAAGCCAUAUUUCUGAUGUAAAUUCUGAUGUUUAUAGGAAAGCUCUCAGAAGCUGUCAGCACUGAAUAAACCAUGGUAUAAAAUGAAGUUUUGGAAUCAUCAGGAGUUUAUAAGGAGGACAGUAGCAUUAAACACAUAUAUGACAGUUUCUAUCAUGUUUUAAAAAUGCAGUUUAACAGUAAUUGUAUGCAAAUUUGAAUUUGAAUUAUUUGGGAAAAGGCAGUAUUCUGAGUAUUGAGGUGGCAAAAUGUACUAAUACAGGAUAUGUGUUGUUGGUGACACAUUUGCUAGGUAUGAGAUAGUUAAGUACGUACUUUUCUAUUUGUUGGGAGGCAUUGACAAAUGGGUGUUUAGCAAAUGCCCCAUCAAUAAAGGCUAAGCCAGUGGUUUUUGUAGCGAAUUCAACUACAUUUGAGCAAAAAAGAUUUUAAGACACUAUUUUCAUAAACUAUGCAUAGAUGAUUUGGAGUUAAGUCUGUGUCAGUAAAAGAGGGCAUCCACAUAGUUUAUCUGUAGAAUACAUAAAACUCUUGUGCCACUCCGCUCAUCUAAUCCAUAGUUGAGUGUGCGGUGUGCCAGUAGUAUGUAAUUCAGAAAUUUCAUCUUUUAUCUGAUGUGAAUACUAUGUCAUUAUUUUGUGAACUGCCCUUCAUUCCCAGUAUUUUGGAACAAAUACAAGUUUCUAGCAGACAGUUUUAGUUGAUUAACUCAGUGUCUUUUCUCCCCUUAAUUCCUUGCUGGAAGAGUUUGUUCACCAUUUCCUCACAUGACACACAGGGUGAAUCCUGGUUCGUCUAAACCAGUCAUGAUAAUUCCAUUCCGAUUGCCAGUAACCUGUUUAUAGUGGUCACACGACCCAGUUCACUGGGCCAAGGAAUGCAAGGGUCCUUUAAUAAUCAAAGAUUAAGCACUGGACUACGUUACAGAAACAAGUAAUCUAGGAUGCAGAAAAGUCACGUGGUAAAGUCAGCAUCCAUUAAUGUUCUUCAUAAGCUGUGGAUUUGAAAGGAACUUCCCUACUUGGAUGAAAAGUUUCUAAAACUACAACCACCAGCAUACCUAAUACUGAAAUAUUGAAAGUUUUCUCCAGGAUGCAAAAAAAAAAAAAAAGAAGAAGAAGAAAAAAAUAUCUAUCUUCUGUCACUAAUUGUAUUCAGUAUUCUGCAGAAGGAUGUAACCAGGAGAAUAAGGCAAGAAAAAUAAUUAAAGAGCCUGAGGAUUAGAAGUAAAACUUUUAUUUGCAGUUGACAUGAUUCUGUACAUUGAAAGUUCUGAGGAAUGCACAAAUAAUUAGAAUUAAUGAAUAAGUUUAGCAGAGUCCCUGCAUAAAGCUUAUUAUGCAAAAAUAAUUUUUAAUAUACCAGCAGUGAACAUAAAAAAUGAAAAACUUAAAAGCAAUACCAUUUACAGUAGCAUCAAAAAUCCUCAAGUGCCUCGACGGAAAAUUACCUAACACCAUAUUUUCAAGAAAAAAAAUUACAAAACUUGAGAGGGCUAUAUCUGGUUCAUGGAUUCCGGGACAGUUUUAAAAAGAUCUCAGUUUCCCCCCCACAUUAAUUCAUAUGUUCAAUGCAAUCUUAAAAGUCCUACUAAGUUCUUGAAUUGAAAUUACACUAACUCUAAAAUUCAAAUGAAAAUUCAGAAGCCCCAUGGUAGUCAAGGCUAUCUUCCGGAAUAGACACAGUAAAAGAACUUAUAUUACCAGGUAUCAAGGAAGACCUGUCAUAAAGCCACAUAAAUUAUUAUAAUUGUGUGGUAUUGGUGCAGAGAUAAACAAAUUGACCAUUGGGACAGAAUAAAGAUUCCAGAAACACCCGUGUAUAAUACAGUCACUUGGUUUUUGCUGAAGAUGAUAAUGCAGUAUAAUGGGGGAGAAGAUAUUCUUUCUAAUAAAUGCUUUGUCAAUUAAAUUUAAUAAUUUAAUAGAAAAUAGAGAAGUGGGGGGUUGAGAUGGAUUACAGAUCUAAAUAUGAAAUAUAAAAUAAUAAAGCUUUAAAAAGAAAACUUAGCAGACUGUACAUAGCCUUAUAGUAAGAAAAUUUUUCUUAAGACCCCCAAAUCACUAAACUAUAAAAUAAAACCAGUUAAUUUGGAUAUAUUAACUUUUUGAAACUUAUGUUUAUAAAAAGGACCCCAUUAAGAAAGCAAAUAGGCAAGAAACGGGGAGGAUACUUGCAACUUACGUAUAUGACAACAGACUUGAGUGUAGAGGAAAGGGUGGUGAUGGUUUUUGGAAGGGGCCAGUUAGUAAAUACUUGGGGUUUUGUGAGCUAGACAGUCGCUGUGAACGUGUCUGUGUCUCAAUAAAACUUUAUUCACAAACACAGGCAACAAUCUGGAUUUGGCCCGACGGCCACACUUUCCAGCCCUGGAUCUAAAAUUGAAAAAGAACUCUUACAAAUCAACAAGAAAAAAAUAGAAAAUGGGCAAGAGAUUGGGACAUCCACUUAACAAAAGAGAAUAUCCAGAUGGCCAGUAAACACGAAAAGGUACGUUAUUUUUAUUAGUAAUCAGGGAAAUGUAAAAUUAAAACACCACCCACCCACUGAGAUGGUUAAAAUAAAAAGCAUAAAAAAAGAAUCCAGUUUUGGCAAGGAGGUAAGCAGCAGGAGGCCUACCGUGCUCGAGGUAUCACCAACUGGUAUGACCAUUUGGGAAAGCUGGCACUUUGAAAAUGCGUAUACCCUUUUAACCCGAACCUAGCAGAAAGGUGUGUUUAUGUCAACUAAAGGACAUACUAGAAUAUUCAUGGCAUACUAAAACCAGAAUUCUCUAAAGGGAUAUAUGUUUCACUGCAGAAUGUAGAGCGUUGGGAACAAGUGAACCUUAAGUAUUUGCAAUAGUAGCUUGGUUUCACAGAGCUGAAUGACGGAAGCCAGACACAGGCACACAUUGCAUGACCAUCUGUGUAAAGCAUAAGCACAGGAAAACUUGUCUAUGCAGUUAGAAGUCAGGAUAGUGGCUAGCCUUGGGCAAGGCUGAAAAGGGGGUAUUUAUCUGGUGCUGGUAAUACUGUUUCUAAAUCUGGGUGCUGAAUAUCUGAGUGUUCUGUGCACUUAAGAUAUGUGUCUUUUUCUGCAUGUACAUUAUUUUAAAAUCCUGCAUCAUUUUGUGCAGGAAAUAUUCUUUAGAGUAGUUUUAAUGGCACCUACGGAGAUUUCCUACACUGUGACCUUAAAGCUUAAUAUAAAGUAUAUUUUAAGUAAAAUAUCUGAAAAGGUGACAGGGCCAUUACAUAUUUUGUCAUCCUACCCUUUUGCGUAUAUAAAUGGGUCUGAAUCACCUCUUCUAAUAAAGAACUAACGUGUAAA